AUGGCGAUUAUAGCCGCUACUUGCAACGAUGGUGUUCGAAACGGUGGAGAAAUUGGCAUUGACUGUGAUGGUCCUUGUGUGAAACGAUGCAAUGGUCGAGCAUGUGGUUUACCUGAUCAUUGUUGGAGUGGUGUCUGUGGAACUAAUCAAACUUGCUCAGCGGCUACUUGUAACGAUGGUGUUCGAAAUGGUGGAGAAAUUGGCAUUGACUGUGAUGGUCCUUGUGUGAAACGAUGCAAUGGUCGCGCAUGUAGUUCACCUGAUCAUUGUUGGAGUGGCGUCUGUGGAACUAAUCAAACUUGCUCAGCGGCUACUUGCAAUGAUGGUGUUCGAAACGGUGGAGAAAUUGGCAUUGAUUGUGAUGGUCCUUGCGUGAAACGAUGCAAUGGUCGAGCUUGUGGUUCUCCUGAUCAUUGUUGGAGUGGUGUCUGUGGAAUCAAUCAAACUUGCUUAGGUAAAUGA